AAACAUUCCACCUAACCACACUUUUAAAUUGUUUGUCAUUUCAUUUUACUUAUUUAGUAGUUAUUUAAGUAUUUUUUUGAUAUAAAAGUUUCGAAAUUUGACCUCAGUAUUUGAUUAUUUAUAUCUGCAAACAAUUUCAACACACCCCAGUUCAAUCAUCAUCAUUUAAAAUCCGUUAACUUGAGCUAUUCAAUAGUUUCCUUCUUUCAAGAGACAAAGAAUUGAAGAACAAAGACUGAAAAAAAUGCCAGUACGAAGAGCCACUCACGCAGGCAGCUGGUACUCGGAUUCAGCAAGUGAAUUAUCCAGACAACUGGAUUAUUGGCUGAAUCAAGCUGACUUGAGCCAUGGCCCUGCUAGGGCUAUAAUAGCCCCCCAUGCAGGAUAUCAAUAUUGUGGCGAAUGUAGUGGUUUUGCUUACAGGCAAAUUAGUCCCGUAGUGGUGCGGACCAUUUUCAUUUUGGGGCCCUCACAUCAUGUACGUUUAGCAGGCUGUGCCUUGUCAAGUGCAAAAAAGUACAAGACUCCUUUGUAUGAUUUGCAUAUUGAUAUGGCUAUUAAUACUGAAUUGGAAAAGACUGGCCAGUUUGAAGAAAUGGACAUGGAUACUGAUGAAAAUGAGCACAGCAUUGAAAUGCAUUUGCCAUACGUUGCUAAAGUUAUGGAAAAUUACAAAAAUCAAUUUAGUAUCGUUCCCAUUCUUGUUGGAUCUCUAAGCCCGGACCGUGAGGCUUGCUACGGCAGGAUUCUGGCUCCUUACUUAGCAGACCCUAAAAAUCUUUUUAUAAUUUCGUCAGACUUUUGCCAUUGGGGUCACAGAUUCAGAUAUACUCACUACGAUCAAUCUUGUGGAAACAUUCACCAGUCUAUUGAACAAUUGGACCGUGUCGGCAUGAAUAUCAUUGAAAAUUUAAAUGCUACAGAGUUUACUAAUUAUUUGAAAAAAUUCGGAAACACGAUUUGCGGCAGACACCCUAUUGGAGUACUUCUGCAAGCCAUACAAGAACUGCUAAGAAACGACAGCUCUCAAAAUGCCAGCUUGAAAUUUUUGAAAUAUGCACAGUCGAGCCAAUGUCGUAACAUGAACGAUUCUUCAGUAAGCUAUGCUGCAGCAGCGCUGGUAAUUGAUUAGUAUCAAAGGGGCCUUAUGGUUUAUUCUCUCAGCCUAACCUUAAUAAUAUUAUUAUGAUCAAAGUUAGAAACCCUGUUUGAACAAUUAUUAUCAAAGAUUGGGGCGUUUUGAUUGGUAGAAGUAGCUCAACAUGUAAUCUACCAAUCAUAAUCUCCAUUACAUCCAUUGGGCUUAUUUAACUCAAAUGGUCAUGCAAUAUAAGUUUAAGCUCAUUAUUUUUAUUUUUUUUAUUUUUAGUAAGACUAAAGACUUGAAAUUUAUUAAAAUCUUUAUCAAAUGGGUAAGUAUGUAGGUAUCUGAUUAUGAAUAUCAAAAUGAAAAUAUUAAUUCCUCUUUUUUAUAUCAAAUAUAUUAUUGUUUACUUGACUUUUAUAUUUUAAUUUUAAUUUAGCAUCUAUUGGCCAGUGUCUGAAUCAACUAUUAAAUUUUUAUUUUAUGUUGAACUAUAAAUUCAAUUUGUAUCAUUGAACAAAGAAAUUUAACAGUUGAUAAAGAUUCCAGACCUAGGGCGGUAUUCUGUAAAUGAUAGAGGUCUUUAUCAAAUUCAAAUUCAAAAUGUGCUUUAUUGUGUAAAUAUAAAUAUUUUUUCACAAAAGCUGAUCCUAUGUCUAGAAAAUGAAGUACACAGCUCGAGACUCAGCUGUAGUAAGAGAAAAUAUCCAAAUGUAUAUGUACCUACUUAAAAUAAAAAAGCUCACAAAAAAUUUAAGAAAUAGAAGUCAGUCAUAAAAAAUAAAACUUAAAACUAAGAGUCACACAAAUAAAACUUAAAAAACUCAAAAAACCGUUUCUAUUCAAGAACCAGACAAAUAAUUUAAAAUGUAUAAUUUAAAAGAACAGAGAACAUUUUUUUACAUUGCUAUCGCUAUGGCACAUGCUGUCUUCUUCUCCCUUAUUGAAAUCAAUAGAGAGGGGACGUCGAUAGCGAAAAUAUUUCUAUUCGUUACAGAAUUCCAGCCCUGAAUAAUUUUCAUAAAAUGGUUAAUCACCAUAACCAGGGUUGGGAAGGUAUUUAAAAUGUUUUGUAUAAAACUAACAUAUUCGAUAUAGGUACUACUUAAAAGCUACAAUACAAAAAAGUAACUAUUUUUAUGUCCGAUUGACCAAUAAAGUGCUAUUUAUAGAACGGUUUUGCGUCAAUAAAUUAGCACUUUAUUGUACUAGUAAAAUAAAGUGCUACUUUAUUGCCUACCUGGACUACCUGACAAGGUUAAACAGGUCCUAACAACCUGCCAAGGUGAAACAGGUCCUGAUAACCUGGCAAGGUGAAACCGGUAUACCUACGCGAAUUUUACUUUUUUCAUUAGAUUUUUUUAAUUUUUAACGAAAACCAGUCGUAAUCGUACAUAAAAUCAUGUAUAUAACGCUCACAUAAACAGGCUUUAUUGACUCAUUAUUUAAUAGCCUCGCUCGCAAGCUCGCUCGGCCAUAAAAUUAUUCGUACAAUAAAGCCUUACUUUAUGUACUUGUUAUAUAAAUAGCUAUUAUUUAAGUACCAUUUUUAUUAAUUUACUAAUUAUUUAGAAUUUAUUGACUAUGUACUAUUGCCUCGACUAUUACAUUUUAUUUACACUUGUAAAUUUCAAUACAAAUUUGAACAGAUCAUUGAAAUGCCUUUAUCUCCCAAUCCUAAUCAAAAAUACUCGGAAAAAUCAAACAAACACUUCAUUUGGAUCUUUUUAAAAAUAGUUUCACUCUAUUUUUCAAUUUGUUUUUUCUUUAUUGCUCAUUUUUCCUUUCUGAAUUAUUCGUUCUAUCAUUUUUUUCGAGAUUUUUUUCCAUUUCUUAUUGUUUUUGUUCAAUUUUUCGUUUGUUCCAGGCGUUUAAGUAAAUUUUUUUUCAAAUAUUUUCCUCCUCUAAAUAAAAAAAAAAGAUUCAAAGAAAAUUCAUAGUUAUAGAGCUAACCGAGGAGCCAACUCCAACUCCAAAGUCAAAAACUUAAAGAGAGCAAAAAUGACAUAGGUAUGGACUAGGUACACCUACACCUUCAAUUUAAAAGAGAGCAGGCAGAAAGCUAAAAUCUCAAUUUUUUUUCUAUCCACUUAAAAAAUUUCAAGUGAAUGCCCCAAAAAAAAGAAUAAAAUGCACCCAACAACAACAUUUUUUGAAAAUUCUAUUUUUUCCAAAAUAAAUCGACACACAUUUUGCAUCACAACUUUGUUAAUUUCGAUCUUAACGUGAUCAAGCUCAAACAUUUAAAAAUCGUCUAGAUUGCAUCUGCUUCAAGAUCCUCUAAUUUGCAUCAAACUACUAAGCAGAAGGAAAUUUUUAUUGUCUUUUUCACAAAUUAAAAUCUUUUUUCUAUCCAUUUGCAAAAUAUCAAUCCAAAUCCUCAAAAAAAUAAAAUAAAAUUGAACAUCCCGUUAGCUUAAAACUGUUAAAACUCCUUUCUUUGUCCUUAUUAUCCUAUUCAAUUUUUGUUUGAUCCAGGUUCUUGAAUUUUCUUUUAUAGUUUUCUUCUCUAAACAUAAAAUAGAGAAAAUUCCAAAGCCUGGAAUAGGAAAAUUGAAAACAUUCAUGUGAAUAAAAUUUUAUAUAUGUAUUACACUACACGUGUGCUAGGGAGUAGAAGACUAGAAGACAACAUAAGAAUCAAAGUAUUACUUCGAGUUUUUUUUUAAAAAAAAAGAAGGAAAUUGAAUCAAGGAUAUUGGGGGAAAAACAAUAGAGCAUAUUUUUUUUCCAGACUCUCAGACACCCACAACUUGCGGUCGUGAUAAAAUGUGACACAUUACAUGCGCGAUGGCAGAAAAACCAUAUACGUUUCAACUACUAAAAUGUGUGAUAGUAUCUACACCAUUUUAAAUAGGUACACAUUGAAUGAUAAAAAUUGUAAUAAGCUUUUAUACUAGAGAUAUUGUAAAUAACACUGGUUACUAAAUUCAGUUUCUGUAGUGAAUAGGUUCUAAAUAUAAUUUUAUAUUUUACACAAGUUGAAGAGUUUGUCACAACAUUUGAGAGGUCUGCAUGUAUCACAUAUAUCAUCCACAAUCCGAUGUCCACAGGUACAGGUAAAUUUAUCACCUUUCCCUAUCAAAUAGCAUUGAAAGGUGAUACAUUUUACCUGUACCUGUGGAUAUCGGAUUGUGAACGGAUAGUAUGUAAGUCAUUUUAUCUACGACUGCAAUAAUUGACGCAGGUAGGUAUAUUUUUCUAUUUGUCUGUGUGUUUUUUUUUUUUAAUUUUGAUGAAAAGUGCACCAGUACAAUAAAACAGGUCUUCAAAAAAAAAUUGCUUUGAUUAGGAAAACAUACGUCACAUUAUUGUUUAUUUAUUGGACAGGAUUUUUGACAAGACAUUUUAACAUCAAAGUUCAUUGACAAAAUUGAAGAAAAAUAUUGCUAAGACAUAUGUUUAAAAAACCAUAGCAAUCUUUGAUGUUUUUUUUUUUUGAAGACCCGAUACCAUACGCGUAGAGUAGAAAAUUAUACAGUAUAUUCCCAACCCUGACCGUCACGACAUACAUUUUAUCUAUAAUAUAGGACUAGGGAUUAUAUUUGUAUUUUACGCGUAAGUGUUAGGUAUCAUGUAUUUUUCAUAUUGGACUUUGCCUAUAUUGUAACUGUGAUUAUUAAAAAAAAUAUACCAAGGAGGGAAAUCAAUUUUUAUUUUUAAAAAUGCCAAAUGCCAAAAUAAAAACCUAC